CUUGUGGCCGGCCGCACGCUUUGGCAGCAAGCAUUUUCAGCGACAGCACGGAGGGAUCCAAACUGACACUGUGAUUCUCAGCCCCGUGGGCGCGGGCUUUCGAGUUUGCGGCUUCACAUACGAUGGUUUACUGCUGCGUGCCGUUGUGCGAGUCAAGCGGCCGAACAGCACGAGGAAUUUCCUUUCACGAGUUCCCCGUGACCGACGUUAGGAACAGAUGGUUGAAAAACAUCUCUCGGCAAGGCUGGUCAACAGCCUGGUGGUCAGCCGGGUCACAUACUCCCUGCCGUACCAUGUAACCAUCAAAGCCGAAAGAGAACAAGCCGAAGCAAUCCUUCGGAAGGCAUACAAAACAGCCCUUCAUCUCCCAAGAAACACAUCCAAUGACAAGCUGAUGCAACUGGGAAUCAGCAACACGUUUGAAGAACUAAAAGAACGCCAGCUCAAGGCACAAGCGCGAAGGCUCAGUAACACAACAACAGGAAGGGCGCUCCUGACAAAGUUGGGUUGGGAAACAGAAAAACCGCAAAGUAGUAGGGCAAUAAUACCGGACCUGCUAAGGAAGAAACUACGUAUACAACCUGUCCCCCGCAAUAUGGACCCCAAUCUCCAUACCAGCAGGCGACAGGCUAGGGCAGAAUUCUACGAAAGAACGAUGGGGCAGAGAGACAACACAGUCUACACAGAUGCUUCCCUCUACCCAAAAGGACACAGGAAACACGCAGUAGCGGUAGUAGCUAAUAAUCAAAGCAAACUAAUUAGGAGUCUCACGGUAGCGGUAUCAGACAUAACCGAAGCAGAGGAAAUAGCUGUUGCACUGGCAGCAGAGGAAGGAUACAGGAUAGGAAAAUCCCUCAACAUCCUAACAGACUCACAAGAGGCGUGCCGAAACUAUAUCAGGGGUAGAAUAAGCAGCACGGCACUCAAGAUCCUUAGUAGAGCACCGCUCUAUGAAGGACAACCUACACACAACAUAAUCUGGAUACCAAGCCACGCAGGGAUUCAGGGCAAUGAAGGGGCGGACAGCUUAGCUCGAGGCUUCACCAUCCGAGCGGACACCUCAGUCCCCCCGGGAGAGCCUCAGAUUACUUGCGGGGACAGUUAUUCAGAGCUGCUAAACCUAUAUAGGGGGCGAAGAUUCCAAUACCCCCCACCACACAAAGCGUUGACGAAGGAGGAAGCCGCAGGAUGGCGUAGACUGCAGACGGGUUCCUUUCCAAAUCUUUACAUACUAAGCAGGAUGUUCCCCACACAAUAUUGCGCCGUAUGCCCGUGGUGCGGAGCAAGGCCAACACUAUAUCACAUCACAUGGGAAUGCGAGAGAAACAAGACAUUCCACAAACAUACAACACCAAGUGCGGAGCAAUGGGAGAGCCGGGUCACCAGCUGCGAGCUAGGGGUCCAAAGGGCCCUCAUAGCACACACAAGCGAGGUGGCCCGACUCAGUGGUGCCCUGGACUAGGGGCCCACCCAAGGCUGAAGAGGACCUAAAGUUUUCAAGAAUGAAGACUUCGUCCUCAACUCGCUAAUAUCUUAAAGAACCAAUAAAGUUUUCCAUUCCAUUCUCGGCAAGGCGAAGGUAAGUUACUAUGCUGCACUUAGCUUUGAAACGUGCUUUUAAUGUGCAUUUCGAGCGACGGCUCGAAAUUUCGGCGGCCACGCCUUCAAAGUAGUUUCAGAUUUCAUUGCACUGCACAGCGAAGAUACCAAAUAUCUGGGGUCGAGUGCCUCUCGCAUGUGUCGCCGCGCCUUUUUCUAGCCGCACCCUGUCUAUAAUGUGAAAUGCUGAGUUUACUGCAGCUCCUCUGCGAAUUUUUACCGUCAUCGCCGUAUUCCUGAAGGCAGGGCCGGAGCGUUUCGGGCGUUGCUGUGGGGGUGAGCUUUGGCGGCAUCUACCGGCGCGCUUGGUCCCUACUCAAUGAUCACGUGGUAUUUCUUCGGCCGCGCGCUCCCGUAGGCGACCACGGGAUGCGCAGGUCGCCCUUUAUAGGUAGUAGGUCGUGAUGCUACCGUAGGUGGCAGAGUUGCGCGUAGGUCCGCCAUCUUGCCUGAGAAGCAACCAAGUCAAUGCGGCGAAGCCGCACUCCGUUUUUGCAGGCGACAUGCCUAGCGUAUCGUCGAUCGACCGUGGGCGCUUUUGCAUCGCUUGUGCUCCGCUUUUACGCCUAAUCGCAAACAAAGCGCAUCGAAAAAGCUGACUGGAUUAGAUUGUGAAGAAGGCGCUGCCCUUUUUUAGCGCGCGGUGUGAGAUGCAGCGCGUAUAUUAGUUUUUUUUUUUUUUUUUUGGGGGGGGGGGGGACUUGCAUUCACCUGUGCACUUUCUCCGCCCUAAUAACGUAUGGGCACUCGCGUAUCUAGAAUAGAUUGUGUAUUCUAUAUACGCCGAUCAGAUGCAGCAUUCGUGAACCGCGACGGUAACGAUUAGAUCGCACCGAAUAAACUUAGGGAAUAUGGUGAUGUUAUUUUAUAGAUUCCGGAAAUCCUACAAAAAGUUUCGCGCGAAAAAGCUACUUCACAAGGUAGUAUAAGGUUCGAAAUAACGUAGCGUAUUAAAAACUCGACAAACUUUAGUAAUUGAGGUAAACAGUCAGAUACUUUAAUAACUUUCCUUCGCUUGAAUACUGCUUGGCACUCAGGUUUUGUUUCAACAGAGAUAAAUACGCUACUAAGAGCAGUGCAGUGCUCUUUUAGCAUGUAAACAGUAACAAAAAGCACCGAGCCGCAACUACCUCUUUUUUUGGCAAUAAAAUCACAAUGUGAAUUUCAGAGAAAAAAACAGAAACACUAGUGUAUGCGCGUGCAAAUAUUUUGAUAUAGUGAGCUUUAUCAAGUGGUGCUCUUUUACAAAGGGAACUGUACUAAAUAUAAUGAGGCCCAUACUUGCUUCUGUGUCAUAGCUCUCAACAUGUAGCCAGUCUAAAAUAUUACGGGUGAAUCAAUGACCAACCAUUGAUAUUUCGACUCUGGUACCCCAUUAGAUCUUGUGUAGGAACAUAUCCAUCUACCAGCAAGCAAUGGAUAUCAGCUACACCUGCAAGUGUGAUUUCAUUAUGUGCCUUUUUACUGCAGGGAUUCCAAAAGUAGCCUUCUGUGGGAGUGUAGCGAAAGUUUUUGUCACAGGAUUGACAUAGCUACAAUAUAGGGAAUAAUUCAAAGCACAGUUAGGCCCUUACCGUAUGUUAAAUGACGACAUUCAUUCCUUUUGCAUCCUGCUUCACAUAAGCUGUAGUAGAUUAAAUAUCUGUACUUAG